CAUGCUCGUUCACAGUGGUGAGCGUCCCCAUGAAUGCAACACAUGCAAUAAGAAAUUCACAGACUCAAGCAAUCUGAAACAACACAUGCUCGUUCACAGUGGUGAACGUACUCACGAAUGCAAUGUAUGCAAGAAACAAUUCCAACGAGCAAGUCAUCUGAAAAAACACAUGCUGAUACACAGUGGUGUACGCCCAUAUGAAUGUAAUAUUUGCAAUAAGGCAUUCACGCAUUUAGAUUAUCUGAAAAGUCACAUGCUUGUUCACAGUGGUGAGCGCCCCCAUGAAUGCAACAUAUGCAAUAAGACAUUUACAGGAAAAGGUAGUCUGAAAAAACACAUGGUCAUUCACAGUGGUGAACGUCCUCACGAAUGCAAUGUAUGCGAGAAACGAUUCCAACUAGAAGUUCAUCUGAAACAACACAUGCUUGUUCACAGUGGUGAACGUCCUCACGAAUGCAACAUAUGCAAUAAAACAUUCACUCAAUUGGGCAGUUUGAAAAAUCACAUUGUCAUUCACAGUGGUGAACGUCCUCACGAAUGCAAUGUAUGCAAGAAACGAUUCAAACGAGCAAGUCACCUGAAACAACACAUGUUAAUGCACAGCGGUGUACGCCCAUACGAAUGCAACAUAUGAAAUAAGAAAUUCACACAAUUAAAUAAUCUGAAAAGUCACAUGCUCAUUUACAGUGGUGAACGCCCCUAUGAAUGCAGCAUAUGCAAGAAGAAAUUUCAAAGAACAUAUAGUCUGAAAAAACACAUGAUGGUUCAUGACUCCUCGCA